AUGGAGCUGCACGACUGGUCGCUGCUGCAGGAGGAGUUGCCGAAGGAGAGCGUCUUGGAGAAGAUUGUGAGAUUUCUGGACGCGAUUUCCCCGGCUUGCUGCAGUUGGAUUCAUGACUGGCACUUGGGCUGGAGUGUGCAACAUGAGCUGGACUCUUACAUAGCCGUCGUUUCGUUCAUCACGGCGCACCAUCAUGCACAGUAUGCGCUCGCGGACAUGCUCGGCGAGAAGGACACCGCCGAGGACGUCACUCUGAUGCUGGAAUCCAGCCGUCAAGUCCGUGAUGCCCAACUACAUUUGAAUAUGAUUGGUGGCGAGGAUAUCAAUAUAUUCAACAACUCGAUUGUGAGCGAGCUGAUUAUCCAGAGAGUCGCGGAGUUCAUCCACCAGUUUGCGCACCAAGGUUUGAUUACCGAGGUCGAGUCGAAGAGCAUGCUUCGGCAAAUCAAGGCUGCCGGCAUCGCUUCCCACACACACAUGAGGAAGCGGAUGAAGACCAUGAAGAGCUGGCGAGAGGAAUCCAUGAGCCCCCAGACACAGCGGAGCGAGUCCGUACUUCUGGGACGGACGGCAAAGCCGAGCUCCCAG